GGCGGUCACUGAAUGUUUUCUCCCGACCAAUCUCACGCUCCCAUUUCCCCGCCAGCACCGUCUGCAGAGGAGAUCGCCGGGAGCGGGGGGGUGUGACUCUGUGAGGAAUUAAUAGGAGCUGUCAGUGGUAGCAGGAUCAAUAGCUGUGUUUGCCAUACUUGGAGGAUCUGGACAGCGGAUGGAGGAGCUGGCGUAAGCGUGAGGUGGGGGGGACAUCCCGUGCUACGCCACGCCGCCUGUAGGAUGGGGCCCGCUUUGCUGCCGCCGCUGCCCGCCCACCCUCCCGGGUCUGCCAGGUAGCCCCCGGGACGCGUGCUGGCCAUGCGGAUGUGCCGCAGAGAGUUUGGGAUUCUGGCAGGAAGAAUACCUGGGAAACGGCAAAGGGAGAGUGCCGUGCCGGUGAGGGUCAGCCGAACUGUGGGGAGUCCCUACCUGACGGCGGCAGUCGGCGGCUUAGCGUGGCGCAUGUGUGUGCGUGAGAGAGCGCGCGCGUGUCUCUGUCAGCGUGUGCCUGUUUCUGCAUGGAGUGCUUCUCCCGCUUGUCUGUGCAUGCUGCGGGACUGACGCUCCCUCCGGUCGGCGCCGUUUGGAUCACCACCCUCUACGGACUUCCAGCUCCUCGUUUUUCAUAAAGUGGACUUCAACUUUUCGCCCUUGGUGGAGUUUCGGGGCAGACUUGCGCCGAGUUCGCACCACUCCCCUGCACAGCCGCACGGCCCCCCGGCUGGAUAUGCGCUCUGCUCCGCUGCUCUCUCGCUCUCUUUCGUCUGCAAGACAUUUAUAUGACAUCUGCGGGGAGAAGGCAAGCUGACUGCAGAUCCCACUGUCCCUCUCCCGCUGCCGACGAACAAAACCCCCCCUGCCGCUCGAUGAAGGCCGGCCGCGCUCGAGCAGGAAGGGACAGGCAAAAGAUGCAUGUGAACAACUAUCCAUUCAGGAGGCAUUCCUGGAUUUGCUUCGACGUGGACAAUGGCACGUCGUCGGGUCGCAGCCCCCUGGACCCUAUGGCCAGUCCCGGCUCAGGGCUCAUCCUCCAGGCCAACUUCGUGCACAGCCAGCGGCGGGAAUCUUUCUUAUACCGCUCCGACAGCGAUUAUGAGCUGUCCCCCAAGUCCAUGUCCAGAAACUCCUCCAUCGCCAGUGACAUACAUGGAGACGACAUGAUUGUAACGCCGUUUGCUCAGGUGCUGGCUAGUUUGAGAACCGUGAGAAAUAACUUCGCUGCAUUAACCAAUUUACAGCAGGAUAGAGCCUCCAGCAAGCGAUCCCCCAUGUGUAACCAACCACCAAUCACCAAGCCAUCCUUCACAGAGGAGGCCUACCAGAAGCUGGCCACCGAGACCCUGGAGGAGCUGGACUGGUGCCUGGACCAGCUGGAGACGCUGCAGACCAGGCACUCCGUCAGCGAGAUGGCCUCCAACAAGUUCAAGAGGAUGUUGAAUCGAGAGCUUACGCACCUGUCUGAAAUGAGCAGGUCGGGGAACCAGGUUUCGGAGUUCAUAUCCAGCACAUUUUUAGACAAGCAGCACGAGGUAGAGAUGCCCUCCCCACAGACACAGAAGGACAAGGACAAAAAGAAAAGGCCUAUGUCUCAGAUCAGUGGGGUGAAGAAGCUGAUGCACAGCUCCAGUCUGACCAACUCCAACAUCCCCCGCUUCGGCGUGAAGACUGAGGCCGAGGACCUGCUGGCCAAGGAACUUGAAGAUGUAAACAAAUGGGGCCUUAACGUUUUCAAAGUCACGGAAUUCUCUGGAAAUCGGCCUUUAACGGUUUUGAUGUACACGAUUUUCCAGGAAAGAGACUUGUUAAAAACAUUCAAAAUUCCAUUAGACACAUUUAUAACAUAUUUGAUGACCUUAGAAGACCAUUACCAUGGAGAUGUUGCAUAUCAUAACAAUAUUCAUGCUGCUGAUGUCACACAGUCCACCCAUGUGCUGCUAUCUACCCCUGCUUUAGAGGCUGUGUUUACCGACUUAGAGAUCCUUGCUGCAAUUUUUGCUAGUGCUAUUCACGACGUGGACCACCCUGGUGUCUCCAAUCAGUUCCUCAUCAACACCAACUCUGAGCUGGCUCUCAUGUACAACGAUUCGUCUGUGUUGGAGAACCACCACCUGGCCGUAGGCUUCAAGCUACUUCAGGAAGAAAACUGUGACAUCUUCCAGAAUCUCACCAAAAAACAGAGACAAUUAUUGCGCAAGAUGGUCAUCGACAUUGUCCUUGCUACUGAUAUGUCCAAACACAUGAAUCUCUUGGCUGACCUAAAGACUAUGGUGGAGACCAAGAAGGUUACCAGUUCUGGAGUCCUGCUUUUAGAUAACUAUUCAGAUAGGAUUCAGGUUCUGCAGAACAUGGUCCACUGUGCAGACCUGAGCAACCCCACGAAGCCCUUGCAGUUGUAUCGGCAGUGGACCGACCGCAUAAUGGAGGAGUUCUUCAGCCAGGGUGACCGCGAGCGGGAGCGGGGCAUGGAGAUCAGCCCCAUGUGUGAUAAGCAUACGGCCUCUGUGGAGAAGUCCCAGGUGGGCUUCAUCGACUACAUAGUGCACCCUCUCUGGGAGACGUGGGCCGACCUGGUGCACCCUGAUGCCCAGGACAUUCUGGAUGCACUAGAGGACAACCGUGAGUGGUACCAGAGCACCAUCCCCCAGAGCCCGUCACCUGCCCCCGACGACACUCUGGAGGGACGGCCAGGGGGCGCCGACAAAUUCCAGUUCGAGCUGACGCUCGAGGAGGACGGCGAGUCAGACACUGAGAAGGACAGCGGCAGUCAGGCUGAGGAAGAUGAGGAGGAAGAGGACAACAGUUGCAGCGACUCUAAAACACUUUGUACUCAGGACUCCGAAUCCACCGAGGUCCCCUUGGAUGAACAGGUGGGGGAGGAAGAGGAGGAGGAGGAGGAAGGAGCCUUCUCUGAGCCUUGCGUUGUAGAAGAGGAAGGAGAGGAGGAGGGGUUAGAAGAAAAGCCUGCAGACACAUAACAGUGUGGAAAGGCAUCUAAAACUUUGAGAUUUAUUAACAAAUAGAUAAUAUUUAUAAUUAUAGACUUCUUUUGGUUCUGUUCUUUGUUUUUUUUCCUCCAUUAAUGUUCCAAAGCGCACAUUGCACUCCACAACCCUGGCCAGACCUCACCUCCCUUUAGUCAUGUCAGCUUGCUGGUUCUGCUACCAAUUUGCACUCAGGACUCUUCUCGAUUUAUUUGGGUUGUAGGUCUGCUAGCUCAUUCUUUCCUUGCUCUGGAUCGGUUACUGGUUACAAAGUCAUCUGAAUGGUGUUUUUCCCCUUCUGCACUGCAACUCUCCCCCUCCCAUAUCAUUCACCAACAUGGAUCUUUCUGAUCAGGAUUACACCACAUCUGUGAACAAGGGAUGGAUUUUUUUUUUUGUGGCUGGGGGGGGGGUUGAUCUUGAUUCGAACCAGAAAGUCAGUGUUUGGUGAGAAAAAAAGUGGCAUCUUCCACAUCCCUGCUUGUGAAGAAGCUGGGGAAAAGGGGGGUGGAUCUGGUGGAGUGGGCUCGUGCAGAGUAAUCCAGUUCCUGCAGAAUAAUCCAGUUCCUGCAGAAUAAUCCAGUUCCUGCAGAGUAAUCCAGUUCCUGAAGUUCAUGUCUUCCUUGAAAACCUGCUGAAAAGGCUGAAGUCUCAUGCAGUGGCACAUGUAUUCUGCAGUCAUCAAUUUGUUUUAUGUAGGUUUUUGUUUUGAGAGCAACAUUUAGAGAUCUUAUAAAGAGAAGUAAUAGGGCUUCAUCUGAUACUGCUGUUGGUGUCUAGUCACUUUCAUCUGUGCUGUCUGACCUCCUGCGAGGUCUUUGCACUGUGUGGAUCUUAAUCACUCUUCUGCAAAGCUCACAGCUCCAACAUUACCAUCUUUGGUUUGAGUCUUGGUUAACUUUUACUUUAGCAAUUAGUGAAUGGCAGUGGUUUUUGGAAGAAGUGACAUGGUUAUCAUGAAGCUAUUCAAAACACACUUUUUCUUUGUGCUGGCCUUUAGAAAGAUUUCCUUUUUUGCCUAAACAGAACAUUAUCACAUUUGUAUUUUAAGGACAGCACAAAACCUACCUACAUUGCUGAUUCUAAAAAGCAUCAUUUGUGAAGUUUGCAUUUGCAAAUGACAUCUGAUUUUGUGUAUACCAUAACCACUCUGUGUUACAUGCUAAAGCAUUUUCAGUGUACAGGAAUCUGUUACAAACUUCUUUUGAAUGUAUGUAUGUACGCAUUAUUAUUAUUAUUAUUAUUAUUAUUAUUAUUAUUAUUAGUGUUAAUAGUAGUAUUGAUAGUAGUAGUCAGUACCUCUGAAUCACAAUCAGAUUGUAUUGAUUUUAAUUCUGCUUAAUUCUUUUUCUGCAUUUAAAAUAGGGUCGUACACAAGACAAUCAGCUUCAUAGUGUAGUCUCAGGGCAAGCAGCGUUAGCUUAAUCAGUGCGCUGGCUCUAUCCAUUUCAUGCUUAUAAUUAUUAUUAUUUAUAACACAUUUGCCAAAACAGCGCUGCACACGGCUUCACACAGCCGGAAAACACCCUGUCUCUCGUCCUUCAUCCUUCCUGUUCCUACAGCCAUGAUUUCUCUCACUGAUGCGUCCUCUGUUUUGCUGUGUCGCUGUUUCACCGCAGUCAGUGUAGCGGUACCAGGAGAUUUACGUUGUAGCAUGAUUGCAGCGUGCGAGAAGCUCGCUGGCGACCCCAAAACGCCCCUCAUCUGGUGAGAGGAUGUACAUAGACAAUGAAGCAUCGCUUUCUGUUUCUGUUCUGAAACUUGAAAGAGUGAAGCUGGCCUUGACGGUACAUACAUUGACAAAAUGUUAUUUUAGCGUUUUUAUUACUCUUAUUAUUAUUUUAGCAUUCAAUUUUUAUCUUCUUUGUGCCAAGCCUUUGCCCCCCUCACCAGAUGACCUUAUCUGUAGAAUUUUUCUUUUGUCUGUUUACAACCAUGUAUUUAUUGUGCUGUACAGAUGAUUAUAAUGUUUAUUGUAAAUGACUGAUUCUUACUCUAUCAUCCCUAAUGGCGAUGGUGUUGCUGUAUUAUGUAACUCUUGUUGAGAGAAUGUUUAUUAUAUGUAUUCAGUGUAAAUUUGAUCUUCUGUAAUAUUUCACCUGAGCAUUGGCGUAGAUACCAUUGGGGGGAACAUGAAUCACAUUCGACUGGAAAAAAACAACACAGUUGCUGGGAAUUAGCUGCCUUCGUUGUUUUUUUGUUUUUUUUUUUUUAAAUAGCAGUGUAAUGUGGUUCUGUCCUAUUCCUGCUGAAUACAGAAAAAAACCCUAUAAUGUGGGUUUUGGAAUUAUAAACUUUUAAUUUAAAAAGACAGAAUGGGGCUGCUAAGGACAUCCCCCUAAAUGCCCCCCCCCCUCCACCCGCUUCUCCACCCGAGAGUUUGUGUGUGAUGGAGCAGUGAACAGGCCAAACAAGAUAAGAGCUGCAGUUCCUUGGACCCAGGGCUGUGCCUUAACUUUAAAUUCUGUUUUCCUUUGCAUUUCCUGUCAGUCCUGUUUCUCCUCUUCCUCCUUUUUUUUUCCACCGCAUCGUCGGCUUGACCUCGGAGCCGCACGCAUCAUCCGAGAGCAGCGCACCGGACACAGUCAUGUUCAGAUGUGAUUCAGAUGUCAUCCCCAUGUUGCUCAGGCUGAACUAUAUGGCGGGAGACGAAAACAGCCAAUGAUUUUUAUUCUUUUAUUUUUCACCCACACCUGAUUGCCACCAGAUGUAGUAUGCAACACGGCGUAUGCAAUAAGAAAGCCCCUCUGCGUGGGUUGCGACUAGAGUGGGGGAGGAGGGUUUGGAAGUAACGGGGUUUGGGCAGGCGAGGAGCUGGAAACUCGCCUGAGCAGGCCAGAGGUCUCCGGAAACCAGCCUGCAUUUUCAUGCGGUUUGGAGUGUUAUUAUGACAGCACUUCUCCUUUGAUCAGCCCUGUAGAUAUUUGCACAUACCAAGAAGGGGGUGUCUUUUAAAACUCAACAAAAGCUCUUUUUGACACGCAUACUGUAGAUUUUAGCUGCCCUGGAUCAUCGGAAUUGGUGACUUUUUAUUCUUAUUUUUUUUCGUUUGGUUUUUAUUUUUUUAUGGUAUAAAAGGUUACAUUAAAUGUAAUUGUAAAAGACUUCAGAACAACAGUUAUUUUUUCUAUGGGUUAUGUCUUUAGAAUGCCAACUUGUCUGGAAGUUUCACAAGACAAUUCCACAAUUAUUUUAAAGGAUUCCUUGUCUCUUACAGUCUAUUGGAUAGUACUGUAGAUUAAGAACCUUCAGUAAAAAAUAAUAAUAAAUGAAAAGUGAAAAAAAAAAACAUUUUUACAUACAACAGAAAUAAAAGCAUGGGUUGACUCUGCCUAA